UCAAUAUCGUGACCCCUGUACGAGAAGUCGCCAUCUUGAGACUUUGACUGCUCGCUUCCUGCUUGCUGUCCAACAAAUAAGAAUCUUCCGGGUAUUGAAUCAAAACAUUAAGACUACCAGAUAAAUUUGGAGAAUGUUUUACUGCCCGGAAACAACUUGACUUGUUCCGAUUUUCAAUCUGGAAAAUUAAACUUGAUUAUUUUUGCCGCGGAAGAUUGAGGACAAUAAACACACUGCACCUGAUGUGUCAUAAGUAGGCGAGAUUUCAUCAGUAUGCCUCCCCCACCCCCACCACCUCCUGCACCACCUUCUGCUCCUGCGGCUCCACCCCCAGCAAAGGCGGCCCCCAAAAGUAAAGGAGGAGGUGGAGAAGUGAAUAGAGGGGCCCUCCUUGGGGAAAUCCACAAAGGGGCAAAGUUAAAGAAGACUGUAACCAAUGACAGAAGUGCACCUGUUGUAGGAAAUGCGAAGAAGCCAUCGGGUGGUGGUGGUAUGAUGGGGAUGCCAAUGACCCCAGGUGGUGGUGGAGGGAAAUUUAACACAGUCGCUGCACGACCCACCAGUGGCGCCUCAGAUAGAAACAUUCCAAACUCGUGGAACCGCAGCCAUGAUGAUAGUGAGUCCAAUAACUCCAUGGGAGGUGGAGGUGCUCCUAUGGGCUUAGGAGGAUUAUUUGCUGGUGGUAUGCCAAAACUUAAACCCACAAAAGGAGGAGUGAAUAUUCCACAGAGGACAAAGAUGCCUAAUGGACCUGUGCCAAAUGGACCUUCAAAUAUUGGUGGGGGACCACCCCAACCUCCUUCCAUACAAAAUAAACCUUCAUUUAAUGGACCUUCUGUGAGACCAAACUUCAGUAAUGGACCCUCAGGGAGGGGAGUAGGAGGACCUCCACAUCCACCCCCUUCACAAAAUAAACCCUCUCUAAAUGGGGAUUUGGUUGGUAGACCAGGUCCUCCACCUCCCCCUCCCCAAACUAGCAAACCUGAUUUUAGUGACAGUGUUUCGAGGCCUAGUGCAGGUCCACCCCCUCCUCCUCCACAAACAAGUAAACCUGAUUUUAGUAGUGACGUUCCUCGACCUGGCUCAGGACCCCCCAAACCUCCCCCACAGAAUCGAAAACCUGGUCUUCCAGGUCCACCACCAGCCCCACCAAACUCUUUAAAACCGAAACCAGAUAAUAGUGCACAAAAUGGAUUAAGUGGAGGAAUGCCUAGAGGGGUGCCCCCUCCCCCUCCCUCACGUCCGCCACCUGGUGGAGGGAAGUCUAGGCCAUCGUCUGGCUCACAGAGAUCAUCACAGGUCAGACCGCCAUCUGUGGGGCCUCCUCCCCCACCACCAACACUGCCCAACAACAGACCACCUAGCAUGGUGGGAAGGCCUCUUCCUCCCCCACCGCCAGGUGUAGGUGGUCCUGCGGUACCACCACCCCCAUCAUCUAGGCCCCCUCCACUUCCCAGAAAUAGUGGAUCCAAUCCACAGCUUGAUCGCCCCUCCCAGCCCCCUCCUCCACCAAUGAGGACUUCUUCCAGUACACCUCAUAUAGUAACAACACAGCAAGGCAGACGACCCGGAGGCCCCCCUCCCCCUCCUGCCAGGGGACCUAAUGUUGGUGCUAGCAUGCAGCCUCCCCCACCCCCUGUCAGGAGGUCAUCGGGGAAUUACUCGGGAGAUGAUGAUUUUGAGAACAGAUUCCGGUUUCAUAAUGGAAAUGAGUUACCUCCCCCUGAACCAUUUAUGGGCUCGAACAAAAGCUAUCCUAGCAAAAAUCCUAGAAAUCAAGCUAAUCAAAGAGCUCCACCACCUCCGCCUCCAAAAUAAUGGGAUCCACCCAGCAACUACUUGUAUCCAGUCAUAGCAGAGCCCUCCAGUGUGUGCUGUUUAUGGACUUUCAUGCAGACAGGAAGGGCUUUAAAACAAUCUGUUGAGCAGAUUGACAGCAAGAGACCACACCCACUGGUCAUUAUAAUCAUUGAACAAUAUGCACCUUUUUCUGUCAAUCAAUUUGAUUGGCAGAUGGAUAUUUCUCUUUUUAUCACAAUUCCUGUUGAUCUAUGGAAGAGAUCAGGAAUUUUCUCAGUCUUUCAGUGGUUUUACAUGCUUCUUGUUUUCUAUAUUAUAAUGACAUGAAGCAUGUAUUUACAGGUUAUUAGUUUAUCCUGGAAGCGAGUUUAUAAUUUGUAUCCAAGUUGACAGAUAGUGUAUGAGCUGCUUUAUGUAUGUAAUUCUUUCUCUCUAACAGAUCUUUUGUGUAUUUUUGCAAAAUAUUUGUACCAGAAUUUCUUCAAGUAUGUGCACUUGUUAAUUUUACAAUUAUAUUAUAUUAUGUUGAAAAAUUAAUAAUCAAAAAUUUUGUUUUUUAUAUUGACUUGUAUGCUUAAGAAUCCUUGUAAGAUCUUUGUUUUUGUUUAUUGUGGAUUUCUAAAUUUGUUUCGUCUCAUAUCAUUUGAUGCCAUGACUUCAAUUUUUUUAAUUAACAUUUCCAGCUCUGUAUCAGAUUCAUAAUUAAUGAUUGCAUUGAGGAGAAAAUUUAAAUGAUUAAAACGGAUGUGUUUAGACUUUAGUCAUAAUUCUAUUAAUUCCAACAUCUAACAUUAAUUUUUAAUUCCAAUUUUUAUAGAAUGUUACAAACUAAAAGACAUUGAUUUUCAUACUUCAGACAUCUUAAUUAUUGCAAACAAAUAUUUCAUUCAGAUUAUGCUUUUUCAUCAAUGUUGAUCAAAGCAAUUUUUCUCUUCUUCAUAGACAUGAUAUAAUCUUGAUGUGACCUUGUCUCUGCAUUCCAUUAUAUGUGUGUGUGCAUGCUUUGUGAUGAUAUGAUAACUGUUUUUUUUUAAUCAGUGUAAAAGUGCUAUUUAUUCCCCUUGUUUUUUUCCCUUAAAGAGACUAGAAAACAGCAAGAAUGGCAAUAUUAAUUUAAUUCUUUCCCUCCUGAAGCUUUUUGUACCAAGAAAAUAAUUAUAUCAAGAAAAAUGUUGACAGGUUUUUGCACAAUAUAAAUAACACAUAUGCAGUUUGUUUUCUUUUUGUAGUAAAUUGUUGACAUUUUAUUAUCAGAUAUAUUUAGCUAAACAUCGGUACAUUGGAUUCCAGAUAUUGUUACACAGUUAUUUGAUAACUAAUUAUUUAGCUAUGAACAAUGAAUUGAAAUCAUUUGAAUUGAUUAGAAGUUGAACAUGCAUAUAUUACAGUGUAGUUUAAAUUAUUCACUAUGUCUGUGGUAAAGAAAUGUUCAAUGAACAAAAGUCAAGGAUUACAUAUGCAUCUUUAAAAAAUUGGAGUCAUAAUUAUGGGUAUACAUGUAUUUAAAAUAAUGUGUAUAUAUAAUAUUGUAUGGCAGAACAUUAAAAGACAUAUAAUAUUUAUUAUGUAUUAAAAAGCAAACAUGAUGCUAUUUGAAUAAUACAGUUAUUUAUCUAUUU